AUGGCAACAGACGAUGAAGCAAUCAAUCUGCUGUCUUUUGAUGGCGGAGGUGUCCGAGGUGUCACAUCACUGCUUAUUAUCCACGAAAUCAUGAUCAAGAUCAAGGAAAGACACGGAUUAGCUGAAAUACCCAAGCCUUGCGAUGUCUUCCACAUGAUAGCCGGGACCAGCACGGGAGGCCUCAUUGCCAUCAUGCUCGGCCGGCUUCGAAUGUCCACCGAGGAAGCCUUACGCCAGUACGACGUCUGUGCCGAGAAUAUCUUCUCGUCCAAGAAGUGGGCGAACGUCACAGAAAAGUUUCGUAGCACCCCAAUGAUAAAUAUUAUCCAGAAACUCGUGGCGGAGAAAGACAUGGGGGAAAUGAUGCGCGAUCCUGCAAAGCCAGCAAAGGGUAAGGCGAUGGUUUGUGCUAUGCCGCGGAAGAGGGCGAAUCCGAAGAAUGUUCGGCGGAUUCGCUCCUUUUCACCAGAAAAGGAUAAUUGGGACAAAAAUGUGAAGAUAUGGGAGGCUGCCAGGGCCACAACGGCUGCUACCUUUUACUUCAAACCACAACCACUCACAGUCUCAACACCUCAGGGUGGCUCGAAAAUCGAAGACUACAUUGACGCUGCCUUCGGUGUUAAUAACCCUACCAAUGAGCUCAUCAAGGAAGCGGUUGCCGAAUUUGGGCCCAGUCGACGGCUUGGUUGCUUGAUCAGCAUUGGGACUGGGACUAAACAGGAGCGUGUAAUUUCCAGAGCUGCAAGUGGGUUGAGGAACGUCUGUGAUAUGUGGGGGAGUAUAUUUGAUGUCGGGAUGGCCAUGAAGGACAUGGUUACCAAUGCCGAACUCGUGCAUAUCGACCUGGAAAUGCGACUGAGACGAAAACCGGAUGCCUACUUUCGCUUCAACGUUCCUCUUGCGGCAGACAAAGUCAGUCUGGCCCAGUAUGGCAAGAUGGGAAAGCUCAAAUCGAUGACCGCUAAGUACCUCUGCGAACCGGAGGUUGUUGGCAACAUUGAGAGGGUGGCUGAUAUUUUGGAAACCGAGAAUGCUGAACACCACCUGAACCUCGGAGCUCUAUCUGAACCUAGCGAACCAAGGCCUGACGAAAACCUAAAAGCAAACCUGAUGGGUGAGGCAAGCCGGUACUUCACGGGAAGAAACCACAUCAUGGGGAUACUGAAUACAUUCUUCUCCGAUCGAGAAGGCGAGACCGUUCCUCGAAGGGAGUUCUGCCUCCAUGGCCUUGGCGGUGUUGGGAAAACACAGAUUGCGUUGAAGGCAGCCAACAUAUUCCGUCAUGGGGAUCCCGAGCUCGGCUUACCGAGGAAGCGAAGGUUCCCGCAUAUUCUAUAUGUGGACGGCACCGACAGGAUAACCAUCAGCCAAAGUUAUGCAAGCAUUGCAAGAGAUGAAUUUGGCAUCGAGACCGGUGGCAACUUUGAACAGUUGAUGAGACAAGCUCUUCAGAAAAUGGAACGGCUUGACGAGGAUUGGUUUCUGAUUUACGACAACUGCAACCAGGAAGACCGCCGAGAGUUGCUACCAAAGGGGGACACAGGCAAUGUUCUAUUCACCACGAGAAACCGGGUGGUGCGACAGCAGAUGCGAGAGGAAUGUGUCUAUGAUGUCGAGGUGUUGGAGGAACUGGACGCUAUCCGGCUUCUCCUGACAGCCUCGGGAUCAAAAUUCGCUGAUCUGAACGCAUGGGACCAGUCAAUAGGCAAGGAAAUCGUCGAGGAACUUGGCUAUCUGCCCCUCGCCAUCGACCAGGCAGCUGCGUACAUCAGAGAAGCUCCAUGUCCCCUUGAUGGCUACCUGGAAGUAUUCCGCAAGCAAAGAGUCGAACUACUCCGAAACCCAAAGUUCAAAGGCUCGCUCGCACAGAACCAGGCCGUUUACACAACAUUCGAAGCAUCUUACAAGGCUAUUGCCCAGCUUGAAUGGCGCAACAAGAACGCUCUGGGCAGAAAUGCUGGUCUCGCUCUUAGAGCGCUCGAUCUAAUAUGCUUUUGGCACAACGAAAAUAUCCCAGUCGACGCUGCUUGGUGGGGAGGUUCAUCGUGGGAGAACCGAGACGAUAUGGAUAACGACAAGCCUGCGCUUGAAGAGCAUUUACGACAACUCACGGGUGACCGAACGAUGACUUGGCAGAAGUUCUUCUUCCAGUUGCGUGAAGAUGGGGGUGAUGAAUUCCCAAGCGCCCUCGAAAUCCUCGAACGAUAUUCGAUCAUCACACUGAAGGAAGAGAGGUAUGCGUCAAUGCACGUUUUAGUGCACUCCUGGGCACGAGAUCGGAUGAAGGAGGAAUACAGAGCACAACAAGCCUUGGUGUCGAAAGUCCUACUGUUGGAUUCCAUCGGAGACACCGUCAAAACUACUUUCGGACGGAUUUACCUCCACUCGGUCUACCCGCAUGUUCGGGCGUGUCUCAAAUACUCUAAAUGGGGCGCCAAAGCGAUCCACCUACCAUAUGAGCUUUUCUUGAGAACCAAGUAUGCAUUCAUUCUCACCUUUCAGAAGCGAUUUGGUGAGGCCGAAGCCGAAUACCUCCGCAUCAUUCACUUGAGCAAAAUCUACAUUGGGCCUACUACUUGGGCGGUUCAGAGACCCCUCCGCGAUCUGGGGAAACUCUAUCAUGAGAUGGGUCGCUUGGGCGAAGCUGAGCUGACGUAUCUGGAAUGCAUCGAUCGCUGUAUCUGGGAGAAGAAAUCGAAGGCAAUAGAAGCAGAGCAGCGUGCGAAAGCACAGCUUGCGGAGCUCAAGCCUACCCCGAGGCGCAAGAAACCCAAGAAGGACGGAUUGGAUGAGGAUAGGCCGCCAACACCCCCACCGCUCAGCGAAGAGGAGAUGGCCCAGAAAGCUCGCUGGUUCGUGCCCGAAUGGCGUAACACGUGUUGUUGGCAGCUUCGGAUUUCCCACGUCGAAGAGUGCCUCGCCAGGCUGUAUUACGACCAGGCAAACAAUGAAGAUGAUCUUGUAUACUCACAAGAUUUCAUGACGAGAGCGCUGGAUCGACGGAAGAAGGUCCUCCACCCCGAAAAUAUGGAACUCUGGAGGACGGAAGAUGAAUAUCGAAGGCGUACCCAGCUUCGCGAUGGCCUCUAUUGGCUACUUCGGCUCGAAGCAGCAACGAACACCUUCAUAUCUGAGGGGGAGGAAGUCAAUUUUCUUACCGGAGACUAUCGGGCCCGUCUUAUCCAGACCACAGCCAACAGCAUGGUUGCUAUGCGACGAUUUGUCAAGUAUUACAAAGGUGACGAUUAUCGGCCUGACUUGGAUUCUCUCUGGGAGGAUGCUUACAAAUUCUACGAGCUUAUACUCUGGGACGGACUUAUCAAGAUAUUUGGAGAGUCUGACUACAGGUGCCUCGACGUGAUGCGGUGGAUGGUUGAGUGCCUGAUAGGCUUGAAAAGAUUUGAAGAAGCGGAAGCGCUCGCCAGAAGGUGCUUGACGUCGAGCAUUGUGGGCUAUGGCGAAUGCCACCAGGAGACGAUUCUGUCCCUGGAGAAGUUGCACGAUGCUAUCAAAGGCCGCCUGGGAGGCUACGAUCUCGAGUCGAUUUAUGUUAUCAAGGAGGCUGCGUACAGGUCAGACGCGGUUUUCGGAGUGGAGCAUCGGAUCACGAAGCGAACAACUAAGACUGCCGUCCACGCCAUGAGAAACUACCAGGCCGAUCUUUCUGAUUGGGUACCCAUGCACCAGAACAUCUUGGCCGAUGCGCACUGGGAGUACGGGGUGGUCGAAGACUGGGAGAUGAGAAGCAAGCUACUGGGCGAACGCGCAUACUACCGCGAAGUGUCGUACACAUUACCCGACCCAGCGCUUGACGCAGAGCUUCGGAAGAUGCCAGAAGCAAGGGCAAAUCCGGUUUUGGAAGAGACAAUAGUGGAGGAUGAGCCAGAGACGGCACCAGCAACAUAUUUUGACUCGGGACAGGUUGAUUCCACAUUUAAUGCGAUCACUGGCACAAGCAAACCAUCGCGAGGCACUUCGAAAUCAUUUGACCCACGAGACAAAUACGAUGCACUCGGUAAAUCGCGGUGGCCAUUGCCUUUACUUCGCCUUGAAGAGGAGCCAUAUACAUCAGAUAGCAGCGACGGGGAUCCCGGAAGAAGUGGUGCGGACGAUGUCAAGGGAAACCCGGUGGCAAGAUAG